CAGGGCUGGGGAGGUGUUGCUGUAAGUGUCACGGGGUUAGCAGGGUGCUAGUGUAAUACAGUGUCCCCAGGGAAACAGGGGUGACGUUCCGCAGGCGACUGCACCAUAAACGUGUAUGUGUGAGCUGGUUGCCCCCCCGAGACUAUCGCCACCUGAUCCGUACUAGCACAUGUGGGAGGUAACCGGGCAGAGUGUGGGCGGAGUUCCGAUGUGUGUGGGGAGUUCCGAAAAUUGCAGACCCUGAUUUUGUCAGUCACCGAUUACGACAUACGCCAUGCCCGGGCUGCUGCUGUUUGGCCGCCGCUGGGCUAUAGCCAGUGAUGACCUGGUGUUCCCCGGAGCAUUCGAGCUGAUGAUUAGAGUCAUUUGGUGGAUUGGAAUUGUGGUCCUCUAUUCUGUUCAUAAUGGGCACUUCGAUUGUGUUGGCGGAGCCGAACUGCGCAGCUACCUAAUAGUCCUUAUUGUGUUACUAGCUGCUAUAAUAUGCGCAAUGUCUGCCAUUGUUUAUGUCAGCAUGCGAGGUACAAUCGCUAACCCAGGGCCCAGGAAGUGUAUGCCCAAGCUGGUGUACGUGCGCCUUGCCCUCUAUUUGCCAGAGUUUGUGUGGGGAGUUUUGGGAGCUAUAUGGGUGUCAGAUAAUCACGUUUUGUGUGAUAAAGCUCUGGUGCAUGUAAUUCUGGUCACCGUGAUUGCAAGCUGGGUAAUUAUACUCUUCACCACAUUCGCCGUUUUAAUUGUUUUUGAUCCUCUGGGGCGCAAGAAGGCUGUAUACUUUGCCGGCUCUGAGGACCAUAACUUGGAGAGCAGCCAAUCCCAGCAAGUUCUUUACAAUGUGAAGAAAGCAGCUACGCGAGUGUGGGAGACUCGCAUCCGACUGCUGUGCUGCUGUGUAGGAAACGACAAUGACAAUCGAGUGGCUUUCACCAGUAUCGCUAUGCUCUUAAGUGAUUACUUUUCCGACACUGAUCUGGUUCCCAGCGACAUUGCUGCAGGCCUCACGCUUCUUCAUCAAGAGCAGGACAAGGUGGAGCUAAGCAAAGACCCCGAGGAAGUCCUUUGUCAUUCACCACCGCGUGGUGCUGCCAAAGAAGAUUUGGACUUUGAGUUGGAGAAGGCUUCUCACUAUAUGCAGUUUGCAGCAGCUGCCUAUGGGUGGCCUCUCUUUGUAUUCAGCAACCCACUUACUGGGCUGUGCAAAAUAUGUGGAGAGUGUUGCCAGACCAGACCAGCCGAGCAUGAAAUUGUGGGCGGUGACCACUUGAAUUGUCACUUCGGAUCAAUCUUGCAAACCACAGGGCUCCAGUACCGUGAUUUUAUUCACAUCAGUUUCCAUAACAAGAUUUAUGAAAUCCCUUUUUUUGUGGCACUAGAUCAUAAAACAGAAGCCAUCGUAGUGUCUGUAAGAGGCACUUUAUCACUCGAGGACGUCCUGACGGAUCUCUCCGCAGACUAUGAGAACUUUAACACAGAAGUAGAGGGAGACUGCUAUGCUCACAAGGGUAUAACUCAGGCGGCAAAUUAUCUUUAUGAAAGGCUUAUAAAUGGCGGCAUACUGAACAAAGCAUUUACCACUGCGCCUGAAUACAGGCUCGUCAUAGUUGGGCACAGUCUAGGUGCUGGAGCAGCUUCCUUGUUAGCAAUACAGCUGCGAAAAUCCUUUCCUACGUUAAAGUGCUAUGCAUUUUCUCCACCAGGGGGACUCUUAAGCAAAGCGCUUGCUGACUACUCAAAGAAUUUUAUUAUUUCAAUAAUUGUUGGCAAAGACCUUGUCCCAAGGUUGAGUUUACCCAACAUGGAAGACCUAAAGAACAGAAUAUUACGGAUGGUUGUGAACUGCAACCGCCCCAAGUACCAGAUCCUGUUGCGGGGCUGCUGGUAUGAAAUAUUCGGUGGGACACCUGACAACUUCCCAACAGAACUCGAUGGCACAAACGAGGCAUCUUUAUCGCAGCCUCUCCUUGCUGAGCAUAGCCUACUGGUUCAGAGAUCCACUUUGUACAAUACCGAGAUAGAGGGGUCUCCCUUAGGCUCCCCGCAUCACCCUCCUUUAUAUCUACCUGGAAAGAUCAUCCAUAUUGUGGAAGAGAGCAGAUCAGGGAGGUACGUUAGUUGUGUUUUUUCGGAUAUUAAGUACGGUGCCAAGUGGUCGAAGGAAACCUCUUUCAGCAGUAUUUAUAUCAGCCCUCGAAUGAUCACUGAUCACAUGCCGGAUACUGUACUGAACUCUUUAAGGAGCUUGUGUCAAGAAAAAGAGAACUGUACUUCUUGUCAGACCACACAAGGCGUUUUACAUACAAAUCAGAUCUAGCGCAUACGUCGUGCCCAAAAAAAGCACAAUUUGCAUCCCCUACCAACACUGGACUGAAGUCUCUAGAAAAGAAAUUCAUGGGAGUGUGUUCCUUCUCCAGGUGAAAAAUGAAAUAUAUUUGUGUUAACAGUAACAGGUUUCUUGGAAUAAGAAGGAAAUAUUCGUCAGUAUGCAAAAUAUAAUUUUACAUUUUUAUGCAAUUUCCAAAGGUUUUGGAAUUAUUUUUUUUCAUAAUGCGUUAUGAAGACUCGAACAAGAGGAAAAACAUUUUAGUGCUUAAAACUAUAUUCUUUGAAAAUAAGACUUCACCAAAGUGGGUUUAAGCCAAGAAAUAUUUGUUAAAUAAUAACAAAUUUAAAUGCAGCUUUGAUGGGAUAUGCUGCACAUAUGUUAAAUGUAUCUGCUCAAUACUAAUACGUGAACGUAGUCGUUAUUAUGGGGACUUGUGCCCUAUAAAGUAAGUGCUCAAUGUUAUUGUUUUUGCUUCCUCAAACAAAGUCUGCUUUUGGGUUAUUUUUUAUUAUUUGUUUAUGCUUACUGUACUAUAUAGGGUUGUGAUUGUAUAUUCUAGUUGCCACUAAACAUCACGCCCGUCAGCGAACAUAUUUAUUAGCCUUCAAGUAAUUAACUGUGGCUCCAGCCCAGUAAGUUAAAUGGUCGACACCCUACACUAGAAGAUAUAUAUUACGACUAAUUUUAUAUAUGGAGCUGGCAUGCUCCAUAGCACUUUUUUGUUACUGUAAGUUGUUACUGUUAUUCAGCAAAGCACAUAGCAACAGGAAGACACAGAAGGCUGCCUCCCGCUACAUGCACACGAAUGUGCACAACCACCUGCUGCUUGGCACCUGUUUGAGGAACAAGUCUUACACUGUCAGAUGCAAUAACUAGGCCCACGGAUGUAUUUAUAUAUUAUGCUGCCCUCAGACCCAGUCUAAUGUCAUUCCAUCUGACGCUUUGUCUCUUUUUGUCCUUGUCAAAUGUUUGUUUCUUGACAUGUUCAUUUAAUGCUAAAAUAUGAAAACCAACAAAAAGUGAGAACUGGUCAAAGGAGAGAUUAUUAAACAUAUGGCGGCAAGAAUCAUUAAUAUGUGAUUAUCUGUUCUCUCUUUAUGUUUACUGCCUUAUCGGACUUUUAAAAAUAAACAUAGCUGUGAAUGUU